AUGUCCGGUAAAGCUGCCGUAACCUUUGCGGCCUCGGCUUCGGCCGUAGCGAUUGUCGUAUCCUUGGUCACUUGUGGAGUCCUUCUUCAAGACAUCAACUCCCUCUACUACGAGAUCAUGGAAGACAUCACUGAGUUCCGUGCCGUCAGCAACGAUGCAUGGGCCAACAUUGUCACCUACCAACGUGCCGUCCGUCCCCAACCAUCGUUCGCUCAACUGAUCGGCCGUAACAAACGUCAAGCCGAGUGCCAAUGCGGGGCUCAGGCCAGCAACUGCCCAGCUGGACCACCAGGGCCACCUGGAACUCCAGGUGUUCCCGGAGACGAUGGUACUCCAGGAGAAGCUGGUAAGGCUGGAAUCGGAGGAAUCGAGCAAUCGGACUACGGACAAGACAAAUCUUGCAUCACCUGCCCAGCUGGCGCACCAGGACCAGCAGGACCUGACGGCCCAGCCGGACCACCAGGCCCAGAUGGACAACCUGGAGAAGCUGGACAAAAGGGACAAGACGGUACUCCAGGACAAGCCGGCCCAGCCGGAGAUGCCGGAGGUGAUGGUACCCCAGGAAACCCAGGAACAGCUGGACCACCAGGAGAAAAUGGACAGAGAUCGACUCCUCUUCCAGGCCCACCAGGACCAGCCGGACCUCCAGGUCCAGCCGGACCAGCUGGAGAUGCCGGAGCUGCUCCACCAGCCGGUGAACCAGGACCACCAGGUCCAGCUGGACCACCAGGUGCUCCAGGAAACGAGGGACCAGCCGGAAACCCAGGAACCGAUGGACAAACUGGUGCUCCAGGAGGUGAUGCAGCCUACUGCCCAUGCCCACCUCGCUCAAGCAACCUCAACGGAGACGCGGCCGCCACUGGAUACGGUGAAAGCGCUGCCCCAGCUCCUCCCCCUCCAGCUCCAGCUGCUGCUGAAUACAGUGAGGCUGCUCCCGCUCCAGCCCCUGCUCCAGAACCUGCUCCAGCCCCAGCUGCUAGUGGCUAUGGUGAUCAAGCUGCUGCUGCUGCUCCAGCCAAACAAGGCUACCGUCGCAGAAAGUACAGAACCCAGGGUUAA